AUGCUCCUAGAACGAACAAGCCUUAGCAGGCAACACGAAGCAUCACGAACCACAGCAGAGCGCGUGCGAAAAGAGCAUGCUGACACCCAACGUCCGCUGACUUGCAUGUUUUACUUCUUUGCAUCUCAAAUGAAGCGCAACGUACAACCUGCCGAUCAGGAUCUCGUUCGACGAGGGAAACUGGAGGACAAGCCAACCCAUCAGCUGGAUUCCAUGAUUGCAAGAUUAGGCAUGCAUGCGGCAUUUUCUCCUUUGAUAUCCAAAUUUGAGACGUACCCGGUCGAAAUCCCCGAUACUGCCCCAACUUCUGCACGCCAAAAGAACCCAGUAACUUCCCGAGAGGAAGUCCACGACACCGUCAUGAUCAUGAAGUUUCGGGACAAACAAGCCCGUCAAGAAUGGAUUGCGACCAAAGAAUGGCAGGAUUUCAUGCAGGAGACGGAGGGCCAAGAGGUUUUCAGGAGGAUGCCUCACGUUCGGUGUGCCAGUAGUCUUCGGGGGUUGAUGGAUCCAAUGGAUAUUUUGACAGCCUGA